ACCGACGUCGCUGUGACGUCCUCGUCCGUCGCCAACGCCAGCGUCCCUGACCUCAGCGCGUCCACGUUGGCGGUGACCAUGCAGGCCGUCUUCUCCAGCGCCGCCUCCACCCUCGCGGCGGACAUGAGGGCGGAGGACAACGACACCUCCUCCGAGCGGGAGUCUCACCCCCACAAUCUGUCCAUGAUGGUGGCCAUGACGGUCAUCUACAUCGCCAUCACCAUCGUGGGCGUCGUGGGCAACGUGAUCACCUGCAUCGUCAUCGUCAGGAACCGGAUCAUGCACACGGCCACUAACUACUACCUGUUCAGCAUGGCCAUCAGCGACUUGCUGCUCCUGGCCUUCGGCAUGCCCGAGGAAAUCCAGCUGCUGUGGAUGGGGCAGCCCUACAUCUUCGGCGAGGAGUUCUGCUUCAUCCGGGGCUUCACCGCCGAGAUCUCCACCAACGCCUCCAUCCUCACCAUCGCCGCCUUCACGGUCGAGCGCUACAUCGGCAUCUGCCACCCGCUGCGCUCGCACACCAUGUCCCAGCUGGGCCGCGUCAUCCGCUUCAUCGCCAUCAUCUGGGUGGUGGCGACGGCGUGCGCCGUGCCCAUCGCCAUCCAGUACGGCAUCGUGUACAAGGAGGACGAGAUGGGCAAGAAGGACCUGGGCACGGCCUCGUGCGGAAUCAAGAAUCGGUUCCGGAUGGUGUUCGAGAUCUCGAGCGUCCUCUUCUUCGUGGCGCCGAUGCUGCUCAUCAUCGUGCUGUACGUGUUCAUUGCCAUCCAGCUGAAGCGGUCGGCCCGCCUGGCCCGCAACGUGCCCUCAGUCAGCUCCCACAGCUGCUCCACCAACGACGGCUCCAGGAACAAGAGUGUCAUCAAGAUGCUGGUGGCCGUCGUCAUCGCCUUCUUCCUGUGCUUCGCCCCCCACCAAGCCCAGCGUCUUAUGGCCGUCCACGCCGACCCCCGUAACACGCUCGCAGUCAAGACGUUCACCGUUCUGCACAACAUCUCGGGAAUAUCCUAUUACAUCUCCACUUGCGUCAACCCCAUUCUGUACCAUAUCUUCAGCAACCGGUUCCGCCAAGCUUUCCGGAUACACACCCUAUUACAAAGCAAACUGAACACAUUACGUCUGGAUAAGACACAAAAUGAACCCCACUAUGCUGACUGUCAUAAACAGUUGCAAACUUUGUAUUCUCUUAAUGAAGUUGCUCAGGACGUUUAUAAGUUUAAUAUAUGGUCAUAUUGUAAGACAUUUCUAGGUCCAUACCCUUCUUUCAUGCUUCCUUCAUCUUCGCAAACUAAAGUGGGAAUUACUGCAGGGGAACGUGGUGGAGGUGAUGUGUAUAUAUGUUUGGUAAGGAAGAUUACGUUACGUAACGAAAAGUGCUUUCAGUUUGCAGAUAUUAGUGGACUAUUUAUCUCCGUGCCGUAA